CAAAGCACACAAACUCUGUGGUCUUCUUGACUAUGUGAGAAGCGCCCAUUUCUAAAUGGCUACGACACCGGACGACCAGUGGGAACCGGCGCUCCACGGAUGCCUCCACAACAGUAACAACAACAACAAUAACAACAACAAAGACAACGAGGCGGGAGAGAGCUCCGCCACAGCGGCCAGCGCGCCCGAACCUGGCGGGAAGACAUCGCCUAGCGUCGGAAAUGGCUCGGUCAUCAACCCCGCAGGAGGGAGUAAUGGAAAGUGGGUCCGGUUGAACGUCGGCGGCACCGUUUUCCUCACUACGAGGCAGACGCUCCUCAAAGAACAAACUUCGUUCCUGUACCGACUGUGCCAGCAGCAGGACCUACACUCGGACACGGAUGAGACGGGAGCCUAUGUGAUUGACAGAGAUCCCACCUACUUCGGACCCAUUCUGAACUACCUGCGACACGGCAAACUGGUCUACAACAAGGAGCUGGCCGAAGAAGGUGUCCUGGAGGAGGCUGAGUUCUACAACAUCACUCCUCUGAUUAAACUGAUCAAGGAGCGGAUUGUUGAAAGGGACUCCAAGUCCACACAGCAGGUUCCCCCUAAGCACGUUUAUCGAGUGUUGCAGUGCCAGGAGGAGGAGCUGACCCAGAUGGUCUCCACAAUGUCUGACGGCUGGAAGUUUGAGCAGGUCAGCGUGCGCGCCUGCAGAAAGCCCCGCACUGGACUGCUCUGGACUAUGGUGAACAUCGGCUCAUCAUACAGCUAUGGAACAGAGGACCAGGCUGAGUUUUUGUGUGUAGUUUCCAAGGAGCUCCACACAGCCGGUUCUGGACUGGGUACAGAGCAGAGCCACAAAACAAAGCCGACGGAGACGCAGGAGGAGAAAGCAGCGAAGGAGGAGGAGGAGGAGGAAGAGGGAGGGAGAGAAACCACACCGAAUGAGUGGCUUAGAGAAUGAGGGAGUCAUAUUUCUUUGUUCCAAAGAGUCGGGAAAGGCUUUUUCAGAUCCAUGGCUCCCGGAUGUAAACAUGAGCAGAACCCAAAGCGUUCAUUUAGGCUUAUUACAACAUCCUGUACAUGGCAUGUGUGUGUGUGUGCGCGCAUUUCAAACAGCUGCUGGAAACAGGUCUGUAGCCUUUUUAAUGCGUUGGUGACAAACUGAAACAUAGACA